GUGCUAGUAUAAUAUAGGUUUAAUGAGGUGAACUGAGUCAGUUUUAUUGAAUGACGACAAUGAACCAAAUUUUCGAUGCGGACAGCAUGGCAUAGGCUAUUCUGCUAAGCUCUACUCCAAAGACACAACAAGCACGUUCCAGCAGGAAAAUUGAAGACAGUUUUUUUGCUACAACUGAAUAUAAACCAUUUAUGUUUAGAUAUUUGCAGUUAAUUGAAAGUUCAUGAGAAACCAAUGAAGGUUUUAUUGUUAACAGGAAAAAAGGAUAUGAUAACUCUUAUUGUUAGUUGUCUGCAUCAAAAAGCGCUUUCCCGGAGCAACUGUGGAACUAGAGGUGGAAAAUUCCUUGAAAUCUUUGGCUUGGAAUAGCUGGAAAUAAAGCUAUUUAUUUUGUAAGUUACAAGAACUUUCUCGAUAUGACGUCGACAUUUUGGAUGGCAGUCGUUGCAACUUUCUCAGGAGCAACUGGCUUUGCCUUGAAUUUGAUUGUGAUAAUGACGAGAUUUUUGAAGCCAAAAGCACCAACGGCUUUUCAGUUGGUUGUUGCUUUGAUGGCUGUCAAUGACACGAUUCUCUCUAUCCUGUUUGCAUUCGUCGCUGCAGUGAUGUACAGUGACUUCAGAUGGAUAUAUCCGCAUUUUGCUUGUAAGCUUCUCUUUCCCGCUAUCACUACAAUCAUGUCUGUCAAUGUCGGAUGCAUAUUUCUGAUUUCAUACGAAAGAUACCGCGCGGUAGUUCAUCCUUUUAAGCGGCGCUUGACAGUCAAGCAAAUAUGGAUAGCGACCUUCUUUACAUGGAUUCUUUGCGUCGUAUUAAGUAUACCAAAUAUUCUCGCAUUGAAGAUGCAGCCUUAUGGAGAAUGUAGAGAAUCAUGGAACAACACUUUAGCACCAAAGAUAUACAGUGUAUGCCUGCUGUUAUUUGUGUAUCUGAUACCCCUCACAGCAAUCAUCAUUAUGCAUAUCCGCAUUGGCCUAAGGCUGCGAAAAUCUACAAAGGAUAUUGAUAAACUUACGCAGGGCAGCUUUCUUUGCAUUCACCGUAAGCUGAAAAGAAACGUAAAAGUCGUUCGUUUGCUAGUGUCCAUCGUCUUAGCAUUUACCACCCUUGUGCUGCCAACAAAAAUAUACUACCUUAUUUGGGACCUUUUACCAAAUUUGGUCACCGAAAGUGUCUCACUCGUUCUCAAUGCCUACAAGUCAUUCUUCUAUAUUCAUGUAAUCGUCAAUCCACUUCUCUACAGCGUUACUGACGCAGAGUUUCGAAGAGAUGUCAUAGACCUUUUUUGUUGUAAACUAUGGAAACGAAAUGAUCAGUCGUCUGGAUUUCUGAACUGACUUCCAUUGCCAAACAGUCAAGCUACAUUUAUUUAAUGAACGUAAAGUAUUGCAAGUGCACUUUAUUUUAAAUGAGCUGAAUUGAAUCAGAUCACAUUAUUGUGAGCAUGCUUCAAAAAGCAUUCUAUUCACAAAAAGGUCAAUUUAUCAACUCCAAUUGCUGGUGAAUAAGCAGUCUGUUUAAAUCAGAAACAGUGACACGAGCCUGUCUAGCUAAAUUCCCAACCAAAUGCUUUCAUUUGCUUCCAGAACCAACGUUGACGGGUAUGUAGGGUGCAACACCCAAGAUUUACUCCCGUACUUAUUCAGCUAAAUCGUUCACCGCAUCAAAUAGCACAGUAGCAACCGCCCUGGUAAUAUCUGCUUGGGCGAUUUCUACGAUCCAAAGAAACUUGAACAUCUUAGAUGUACAGAAAAUCUUUCCUUGGCGAAAGGCUUUAAAAAUACAUGAAUUUGAAUGACUUUAUUAUAUACACACUGGUUUAAAUUAAUGAAUAAAUGGAAAGUACACUUAAACAGGCUUUCUGCAUAUUGUCCUGAACCUUAUGACUGAAAAACGAUUUCCCUUGGUCACCAUUUUUGAGCCAUAUGCAUUCAGCCCGGUUAAAUAGUUCAUUAAUUGGGCAUUUUGAUCAGUUUAAUCCGGCAAGGUAGGAUGCAAUGAUGUAUCAAUGAAGAUAUUGUUGCGAAACUUG